AUGCCUUUACUAGUGACCAAGGCAGAGAAGCUGGCUGAUAUGUUCAGCCUCAAAGGCAAAGUUGUGGUUGUCACUGGCGCAUCUGGGCCCAUGGGCAUUGGCUUGGAAUCUGCCCGAGCCUGCGCUGAGUUGGGUGCCGACGUUGCCCUCACAUACUUUUCGCGAGAAGAAAGCUGCAUCAGGAAUGCCACCGAGCUCACAGAAUCAUAUGGCGUUAAAACCAAGGCCUACCAGUGUGAUAUUCGCAGCUGGAGUUCAGUUCAAAAGGCCGUUGCAGAUGUAUUGAGUGACUUUGGCCAAAUUGACGUUUUUAUCGCCAACGCAGGCCAGGCUACCGACUCUGGAGUCCUUGAUGGAUCGGUAGAGAGUUGGGAGGAGGUUAUUCAGGCUGAUCUUACUGGAACAUUUUAUUGCGCCAAGGCCGUGGGGACUCAUUUCAAGAGUCGAGGAUCUGGAUCGUUCAUCAUCACGUCGUCCAUUUCGGGACACAUCGCCAAUUUUCCCCAAGAACAAACCUGUUACAAUGUGGCCAAGGCGGGCUGCAUCCACCUCGCCAAAUCUCUGGCAAACGAAUGGCGAGACUUCGCCCGGGUAAACUCUGUGUCGCCUGGAUAUAUUGAGACAGGACUUUCCGACUACGUGCCCGCUGAGACGAAGCAAACAUGGAGGUACAUGACACCGAUGGGGCGCGUUGGCGAGCCGAAGGAACUGAAGGCAAUCUACGCGUAUCUGGCUAGUGAUGCCAGUUCAUUCACGACUGGUUCAGAUAUUCUUGUGGACGGAGGUUACUGCUAUGACCCCACUGGCGAUGAGAAUUACAGGAAACAGAUUAUCGUAGACGGCACACCGUGCAUGGUAGAGGUCUUGGACACGGCGGGCCAGGACGAGUACACAGCCUUGAGAGACCUAUGGAUCCGGGAGGGGGAGGCUUUCCUCCUCGUAUUCAGCAUUACAUCGAAGAAUUCGUUCGCAAACGUCAGGGAAUAUUACCAGCAGAUCCAAGACAACAAGAAAUCAAAAGUGCCACUCAUAUUGGUGGGGAAUAAAUGGGAUCUGGCAUCCACUGACCGCGAAGUCUCUUCUCAGGAAGCGGAGUCGCUGGCUAAAGAGUUGAACUGUACCUUUAUUGAGACUUCUGCGAAAACCGGCUACAACAUCGAUGAGACUUUCCAUGACCUGAUUAGAUCAUACCGGAAGCAUACGGCAGAGCAGGAGCAGGAGGCUGCGGAGGCAGCAGCAGUUGAAGCUCAGAAGAAAGAGGCUUCUCAGACUGACAGCGGCGGUUUGAAGAAGACAGGGUGGAGGAAACGCCUUUCAGGUUUCAUUAAGUCUAUUGAUAAGAACAAAACAGGUUGA